AACACGCGACUACAAGGGCAGUCUGUCACCGCCUCUCUAUCUCAUAUCACUGCGAUUCUGGGGUUUGCUUUUCUCCUUCGUUCCAGUUCCAAAAGCAGGGCUACGGCUAGGGAUUUUCUUGUCCGUCCGAUCUGCCUUCUCCCUAAGAAUCAAUGGCGGAUCGGCUGACACGUAUCGCCAUCGUCAGCUCCGAUCGAUGCAAGCCGAAGAAGUGCAAACAGGAAUGCAAGAAGAGCUGCCCUGUAGUCAAAACAGGAAAAUUGUGUAUUGAGGUCACACCUGCCUCUAAGAUUGCUUACAUCUCUGAGGAAUUAUGCAUUGGAUGUGGUAUUUGUGUUAAGAAAUGCCCAUUUGAGGCCAUACAAAUCAUUAAUCUGCCAAAAGAUUUGGAUAAAGAUACAACCCAUCGCUAUGGGCCCAAUACUUUCAAGUUGCACAGGUUGCCAGUUCCAAGACCUGGUCAAGUUUUGGGCCUCGUUGGAACAAAUGGCAUUGGGAAGUCGACUGCUCUCAAGGUGUUGGCAGGGAAGUUGAAACCUAACCUGGGUCGCUUCAAUAAUCCUCCUGAUUGGCAAGAAAUAUUGACAUAUUUCAGAGGAUCUGAGCUUCAGAAUUAUUUUACUCGCAUUCUUGAAGACAAUUUGAAGGCCAUCAUCAAGCCUCAGUAUGUCGAUCACAUUCCAAGAGCAGUCCAAGGGAAUGUUGGGCAAGUGCUGGACCAGAAAGAUGAGAGAGAUAUGAAGGCUGAACUCUGUCGUGAUCUUGAGUUGAAUCAAGUUAUAGAUAGGAAUGUGGGGGAUCUAUCAGGUGGAGAGCUGCAAAGGUUUGCUAUUGCUGUGGUUGCAGCACAGAAUGCUGAGAUUUACAUGUUCGAUGAGCCAUCGAGCUAUCUCGAUGUAAAACAGAGGCUUAAAGCUGCACAAGUCGUUCGCUCUUUGCUCAGGCCCAACAGCUAUGUGAUUGUUGUGGAGCAUGACCUUAGUGUCCUAGAUUACUUAUCAGACUUCAUUUGCUGCUUAUAUGGGAAGCCAGGAGCAUAUGGAGUCGUAACCCUUCCAUUUUCUGUUAGAGAAGGAAUUAAUAUCUUUUUGGCUGGUUUUGUCCCUACUGAGAAUCUACGAUUCCGGGAUGAGUCCCUCACGUUUAAGGUUGCAGAGACUCCGCAGGAAAGUGCCGAGGAAAUUCAAACUUACGCACGUUAUAAAUACCCAACCAUGAUUAAAACUCAGGGCAAUUUCAAGCUUAAAGUGAUUGAGGGUGAAUUCACUGACUCUCAAAUUAUUGUAAUGCUCGGUGAGAAUGGGACAGGGAAGACAACAUUCAUUCGCAUGCUGGCUGGAUUGUUGAAACCUGAUGUGGUGGAAGGUUCAGAUGUGGAAAUACCUGAGUUCAAUGUUUCUUACAAGCCCCAGAAGAUCAGCCCCAAAUUUCAAUCGUCUGUUAGACACUUGCUGCAUCAAAAAAUCCGUGAUUCGUAUAUGCAUCCGCAGUUCGUGUCAGAUGUCAUGAAGCCCUUACAGAUUGAGCAGUUAAUGGACCAAGAAGUUGUGAAUCUCUCUGGUGGGGAGUUACAAAGAGUUGCAUUGUGUCUCUGUCUUGGAAAGCCUGCAGAUAUUUAUCUGAUAGAUGAACCAAGCGCUUAUCUUGACUCGGAGCAGCGUAUAGUUGCUUCGAAGGUUAUAAAAAGGUACAUCCUUCAUGCGAAGAAGACCGCCUUUGUCGUGGAGCACGACUUUAUCAUGGCAACCUACCUUGCUGAUAGAGUUAUUGUUUAUGAGGGGAUUCCAUCUCUGGACUGUACUGCUAAUGCUCCUCAAUCCUUGGUUACCGGAAUGAACCUCUUUUUAUCACAUCUGAAUAUUACAUUCAGGCGGGACCCAACUAAUUAUAGGCCACGAAUUAACAAGUUGGAAUCCACCAAGGACAGGGAGCAGAAAUCUGCUGGCUCUUAUUACUACCUGGAUGAUUGAUGUAAUCUCCACAGGCAUUUACCCUCCCAUGGAUGUUCCGCUGUUCGAAGGCUGCUUGAGCUGCUUGCCUCAAUUCUAACGCAAGGCCCAGAGUAAUUCGGCUUUAUGUUGAGAGAGUAGUUUUUUUUUUUUAACCCUUUUAAAAAAUAUGUAAGCGCGCGUCAAUCAACAAGUCAUGGAGUCGUGGUUGCUUGUCAUUCAAGUCACUGAGCACUGGUUUUCCAUCCCUGUUUUGAGUGGAAUCUAGAAAAUUCAUCAGGACUUGCAAUUGCUGCAGGGUGAGGGGUUGGAGUUCUUGUGACACUUGUGCUAGUGGAGCUAUCCGUGUAGUGGUACUGUCUUAUUGGGAAGAAUUUUGAGAGAGAGAGAGAGAGAGAGAGUAAUACACUUUGCCUGCUGAAAAAAAAAUAAAAUCUAUGGUAGCUCCGUUAUUUAUUAUUAUUAUUAUUA